AUGGCUGUGCGAGCACAAUUUGAGAACUCCAACGAAGUCGGCGUCUUCUCGACGCUCACCAAUUCAUACGCCCUCGUCGCCAUUGGCGCUAGCGAGAACUUCUACAGUGUCUUCGAGGCCGAGCUGCAGGAUGUCAUCCCCAUCUGCAGGACCACAAUCGCCGGCACACGCAUCGUCGGCCGGUUAACAGCUGGCAACCGUAAGGGCCUCCUAGUACCCACCAGCACCACAGACCAGGAGUUGCAGCAUCUGCGGAACAGCCUACCAGACGAGAUCAAGAUCCAGAGGAUAGAGGAGCGGCUAUCAGCGCUCGGCAACGUCAUUGUCGCUAACGACCACAUCGCGCUCGUCCACCCGGACCUGGAGCGCGAGACGGAGGAGAUCAUCGCCGACGUGCUCGGCGUCGAGGUCUUCCGGCAGACGGUCGCCGACAACGUCCUGGUCGGCAGCUACAUGGCGCUGUCGAACCAGGGCGGCCUCGUGCACCCCAAGACCUCGAUACAGGACCAGGACGAGCUCUCCAGCCUGCUGCAGGUGCCGCUGGUCGCCGGCUCCGUCAACCGCGGCAGCAACGUCGUCGGCGGCGGCAUGGUCGUCAACGACUGGCUCGCCGUCACGGGCCUCGACACCACGGCCACCGAGCUCAGCGUUAUCGAGAGCGUCUUCCGUCUCGGCGAGGGCGCUGGCCCGAGCAAUAUCAACACCAACAUGAAGGACACGAUGGUGGAGUCGUUCUACUAA